AUGGAGAAGAGAGGUCAUGUCCUUGUGCUCACAUACCCCGCCCAAGGCCACAUCAACCCACUCCUCCAAUUCGCCAAACGCUUAGCCUCCAAAGGCCUCAAAGCCACUUUCGCCACUACCCAUUACACCGUCAACUCCAUCCACGCCGACGGCGUAGAUGUCCGGCCGAUAUCCGACGGCUACGACGACGGUGGCUUUAAACAUGCCCCAAGCGUUGAAGCCUACCUAGAAUCAUUCAAAACAGUAGGUUCCAGAACUGUAACCGAGCUCAUACUGGAGUUCAAAAAUUCACCCUCACCUGUUGACUGCCUUGUGUUUGAUUCAUUGCUUCCAUGGGCACUUGAUGUUGCCAGAGAAUUGGGGGUUUAUGGAGCUGUGUUGCUGACCAAUUCAGCUUCGGUAUGUUCAAUGUACUGGCAUAUUCAUCAGGGUCUUCUGGGUUUGCCGGUGAAGCCGGAAAAUCUGCCGGUGGUAUUUCCGGGCGUUCCUCCGCUUGGAUUUUCCGAUAUGCCGAGUUUUCUUGCACAGCCUGCGGAUCACUCUGCUUAUCUGGCGACGAUCAUGGAGAAAAUUGAAUGUUUGGAUCAGCAUGAUUGGGUGUUUGUGAACACUUUUGAGGAGUUGGAAAGUGAGCUAGCAAAGGCCAUGUCGGGACUCUGGCCGGUGGAGAUGGCUGGUCCGGUGCUGCCAUCGGCAUACGUAGACGGACAGAUUGAGGGAGAUACAGAUUAUGCACCUGAUCUCUAA